AUUAUUAUAUUAUUUCACUAGACAUUAGAGAUUAUCAUCCCAGUUAUCCCCUGUGGGAUUAUGCUUUUUUGGACCCAGAGAUGGGGCAACUGAGAGGUGUUUUAAAAACUUUUAUUCUAUUUUCUGUCUCAUGUUAAGGGUGAGACAAUAUGCUAUGUUAUAAUGUUAUGUUAUAAUAUGAUGUUAUAAUUAAACAAUUAUAAUAUAUAAUAAUAUAUAUUAUAAUGUUAUGUUAUAAUAUAAUUCAUGCUAUCACAGAAGCUAAAUAUUUUUAUUACAAUACAUUAUAAGCUUAAUUACAUUAUAAUUAUAAUUACAUACAAAUAUUAUAAAAUUAUUAUUACAGUAUAAGUUUCUUGGCCUAUCAGCUUUAGCCACACACACCAUGCUGCAAAUGCCUUAAAGCCAAUCAUCUAAAAUUACCCCUCACGGGUCCUACUCCAGUGCAUCUUUCAUAGUUCUGUUUCUCUAAAGUAUCCGGUCUGAUUUGCAAGGCCAUCCUUUGAAACUUGUUUCUAGUUCCAUUUCUCUCUCAACAAUGUCUGUUCUGUUUUAUGGCAUUUCUAAGGCAGCGUUUCUUAUCUCCAGGUUUGCACACAGAUGCACACUGUGUGAGCCUUGUGCCAGGCUUUGAGAAUUCUCUACAGAUCCAUUUCCCACAUUUCCCCCUCUCUUGAACAGAAAAAACCUUCUUUGAUGGCCUUGUUCAUCACUUGCUGUGUGCAGCAAAGUACACAAGGUAUUAACAUUGUCACUGUAACAAUUAAUGCAUAUAAAAUCUUCUGUGAAACUUCAAAAAUUCUCUACAGAUUUCCCACAUUUCUCCCUCUCUCUUGAACAGAAAAUCCUUCUUUGAUGGCCUUGUUCAUCAUUUGCUGUGUGCAGUGAAGUACACAAGGUAUUAACAUUGUCACUGUAACAAUUAACGUAUAGAAAAUCUUCUAGGAAACUUCAAAAGUUCUCUACAGAUCCAUUUCCCACAUUUCUCCCUCUCUUGAACAAAAAAACCUUCUUUGAUGGCCUUGUUCAUCAUUUGCUGUGUGCAGCAAAGUACACAAGGUAUUAACAUUGUCACUGUAACAAUUAAUGUAUAUAAAAUCUUCUGUGAAACUUCAAAAGUUCUCUACAGAUCCAUUUCCCACAUUUCCCCCUCUCUUGAACAAAAAAACCUUCUUUGAUGGCCUUGUUCAUCAUUUGCUGUGUGCAGUGAAGUACACAAGGUAUUAACAUUGUCACUGUAACAAUUAAUAUAUAGAAAAUCUUCUAGGAAACUUCAAAAAUUCUCUACAGAUUUCCCACAUUUCCCCCUCUCUUGAACACAAAAUUCCUUCUUUGAUGGCCUUGUUCAUCAUUUGCUGUGCACAGUGAAGUACACAAGAUAUUAACAUUGUCACUGUAACAAUUAAUGUAUAUAAAAUCUUCUGUGAAACUUCAAAAGUUCUCCACAGAUCCAUUUCCCACAAUGCACAUUAUCCAUGGAUAUUCCCUGUGCUCUGGCUGCUUCUGCUGCUGUUUCUCCUCUUUUUAACCCACUGUCUUUGCCCAGGGCUGGGUCUGGCCCGGUGUAAACAGUCAGGAGUGAAAAAGAGCAAAAAAAGGUGCAGGAGGAAAACUGCACAGUGUAAAAGGGAAAGGAGCUGCCAUAUGUUCCUGUGCUGCUUAAAGACAGCUCCACAAAAGGGAAAGGGAAAUGUCUUUCAAGAGGAAAAAUAGCAUGAAAGACUAAUUGGGGAAAGAAGAUGAGUGGUAGGAAAUAACCAGCCAGGAAAUAUUUCAGCUCCAGAUUCCAGCAGGGACACAGAGCAGGCUCUCUGCACAACAUGCACGUUUCCUUGCCUCAAAACACAAGAUUUUCACUGUCUUUUCUUAUCUAAUCUCUAUUCAGCUUCUCCAAGUACACUUUCAAAAUCGUGUCACCUCCCUUUCCAUCAGAGCACACAGACCAAGUGAUAACUGGGCUUUUUUAAGUGAUGUGUUAAAGGAAUUAUUCCUCUUUCCAGAUGAGCAGGACCAGGAAUCUGAUGCACUUAACUGAUCCUCUACAAAGUCUGAGAAGCUCAAAUGGUUUUGCUUCUUUCUCUUCCUUCAAUUUGCCUUUUUUCUGACAGCCCCAUAGUAGCCACAGUGAAGAAGAUUAAUUCUGUCUCCUGAAAUACCAAAAUAUUAAAUGUGGUAUUUAUACCAUAUAGAUUUACUUCUAAGCUGGAAAUCUCAGCCUUUUCCUGCCUCAGAUGUCAACUUUUCACCCUUAACUACUGACUUGGGGAUCCAGAAGACAGCUGGGCCUCCAGCCCAAAGCUUUCUACCAGGAAAAAAAAAAAAAAAGGAAAUAAAAUCUCAGUUUCCUUUGGGAAAAUAUCCCCCUGGACACACCUGUAUUACACAAAAGCAGUUUUUUGCAACAAUCCACCUUUUAAUCCCAGUGUCAGAAAAGAACAUAAUGACCUGGUUCUGCCCAUGGGAGCAGGAUGGAGGAGAGGGAAAGCAUUUCACAGCAGAGAAACAACAACCACAGCCGAGAUGACCUUCAGCAGGAAGAAAUAAUGUCUAAAUCUCGGCGUGUUGAUUGAAAACGGUGCCUUCCUUGCUCUGGGCACACACACAGACACGCGGCCGUGCUGGGAGCCAAGCAGCUAUUCCUGAGGGCAGGCAUUUGAAGGGCAUUCCAUGAUAAGGCUGCUGCUGGAGUGCAGCUUUCUGGGAGCUCAGAGCACAGAGGUGAAGCCCACCUCAGAAAUUCAAGCUUUGUUUUAAAAAGCUCCCUCAAAUUAAGCCCUCACUGGCUCCAGGAGGCAGAAGUCAAGCCCACUCCUGCAAUACUCAGUAAACUCUCAUUUUAAACCAUUCCCUCCCCUUUAUUCAACAAAGUAAUAUUUAGAAAACUCAUCUACAAAGAUCAUUGUUUGAGCAAACUUUGAACUUUGAAGAGGAAAGAAAAAUAACCCUUUUGUGAACUUCAGCAGCAGCAGGAGUAAGCUGGAGCCACAGGGAUAACUCUGAAAAGCAAAUUUCUUUGCUAUUAGGAGAAUCUCAUUACUUGAAUGUUCAACUGCACCUAAAAUUGGAGGUAUGGUUAAUUUUCAAAACAGUGACAUGAGUAAUGCUUUACGUUUAUGGAAAAUCUUUUCCCCAGCAGCUGUAAAGCUCCUCAUGAGCACCGAUUAAAAAAUCACAACUAAAUAUACACCUCACACAGAACAAAGGUAACAGGCUGAGUUUAUUAAAGCAGAUGUUCACAGCACCCAAACUGAGAUUCAGGGGCCUGAUUUUUAAUCAAUAUCCUAAAAUACCACUGGACCAAGAAGCCCUGAACUGAUCACUGGUUCAGUUUUUUGGGCAAUCUGUAACCAAAAUUAGCUCUGGAGGAACAGGGACUGAAUUCAGGUCUUUCAACAGCUGACAGCAUCAACUUGUCUUUGGCAGCAAGUUCUCAAUCUGCAAAUAUUAACUGUGGGCUUUGCUUUCUUAUUGCAAAGGUUGGGCUCUGAACACAAAAGCUAACACUGAAUAGCUUGCUUAGAUUAGAUUAAAAAUGUCAGGGAAAACACUUCUUUACACUUAGCUCCUGCUUUAGCACAAAAUAUAACCGGGGUGGGACGUACUAGGUCAAGUAUUUAAAUUUUGUAGUAAAUCAAAUCUGCCCGGAAGAGGAAGAAAAACAACUUGUCUGUCUUUGAUGGUUUUUGAUCUGUGGUCUAAACAAAGUUUAUUUGAAACUAAAAUAACCCCAAAACGUGCAGGUAGAACCUCACAACAUAUUCCCUGAACAGCUGCUUGCAGGGAUGCGUUUAGUCUUGCCUGUUCUGAGGCUUGAAGCAGCAGCUUUCCCUGUUUCAAAGAAAGGGAGGAAAAACCGUGUAGAUCCAUCCCAGCUUGGGAAUUCCCGUGUUUCCAUCACCCUGUGCCUGCUUCCUACACCUGGGAGGCGCCGCAGCAGCUGUGUGUGUGUGAGAGCACCUCGGGCACCCCUGCACACAGAAAUGCCAAUCUCUGCACCCCAAACCUUGCGGGACGUGCCUCUCUGUGUGCCCCGGCACCGGGAGAGGGGUGCAGAUUCCAGCUCCCGUGGGAACACGGAAACACCAGCCGUGACUCCCAAGGGGAUUCUACGAGCGGCCGUGAGCGGCGAAGGCAGGAAGAUGUCGGGAUGUGCAGCCACGCAGCGCAGCCCUGGGCAAACACAGAUUUUGGGCUGUGCGUGCUGACAGGAGCCGCUGCUGGCUGUGCACCCUGUUGCUCGGAGGAGUUGGGACGCGGAGCGGCCGCACGCCCCGAUCCUGGAGGGACAGCGAGCAUCCAGAUGAUUUUCUAGCCCUUGGACCUCUCCUUCGGACUCCAGGUGUCUUCCCAGCUCCAGAAGUGGUGCCCCAAAGCCAAACAAGACUUCAGCAGAAGCUCCACCAGAGCCAGCUGGAGGGAGAGGACAACCCAACUCCCCAGUGGUGUCAGAAGGAUGAAUUUCCUCCUGAGCUCCUCUUCCCCACUCUGAGUUGUCUCCAUCACUUGUUCUCAGCUCUGCCUCUGAUAUCCCUAUGAUUUGGUGUGGCUGCCCUCAUCAGCUGAAAAAUAUGUCCAUCCGAGGCCUGAAGAAGAAACAACCCAAGACUUUUAAAGUCAGAAUUAUAACAGUGGAUGCUGAGAUGGAGUUCAGCUGUGAGAUGAAGUGGAAGGGAAAGGAUUUGUUUGAUCUGGUGUGCCGAGCGCUUGGUUUGAGGGAGACCUGGUUCUUUGGCUUGCAGUACACAAUUAAAGGAAUGUGCACCUGGUUAAAGAUGGACAAAAAGGUUUUAGAUCAAGAAAUCCCCAAAGAAGAUCCCAUUAGCUUUCAUUUUUUGGCUAAAUUCUACCCAGAGAAGGUAGAAGAGGAACUCUUACAGGAAAUUACCCAGCAUUUAUUCUUCCUUCAGGUUAAGAAGCAGAUCCUGGAUGAGGAAAUCUAUUGCUCACCAGAAGCUACAGUUUUACUGGCUUCUUAUGCUGUUCAGGCCAAGUAUGGUGACUAUGACCCAAAUUUCCACGAGCCAGGCUUUCUAGCCCAUGAUGAGCUGUUGCCCAAAAGGGUGCUCAGGCAGUACCAGCUGACAGCAGAGAUGUGGGAAGAGAAGAUCACUGCUUGGUAUGCUGAGCACAGGGGUAUUGCCAGGGAUGAAGCUGAGAUGAACUAUCUGAAAAUUGCCCAAGACUUGGAAAUGUAUGGUGUCAAUUAUUUCCCAAUUGCUCAAAAUAAAAACCACACAGAUCUCCUGCUUGGAGUUGAUGCCAAAGGGAUUCAUAUCUACAGCAUUAAUAACAGGUUCUCCCCCAAUAAAUCCUUUGAGUGGAGCUCUAUCAGAAACAUUUCCUGUAGUGAGAAAGAGUUAACUAUUAAACCCCUUGACAAAAAAGCAGAAGUCUUCAAGUUCUUCUCCUCUCAACUCAAAGUGAACAAACUGAUUUUCCAGUUGUGCAUUGGAAACCACGACCUAUUUAUGAGGAGGAGAAAAGUGGACUCCAUAGAGAUCCAGCAAAUGAAAGCACAAGCCAGGGAAGAAAAAGCUAGGAAAAAGAUGGAGAACCAGAGGCUGGCCAGGGAGAAGCAGCUCAGAGAAGAAGCUGAGAGAGCCAAAGAAGAGCUGGAAAGGCGCCUUUUCCAGCUGGAAGAUGAAGCCAGGCAGGCCAACGAGGCCCUGCUCCGAUCGCAGGAAGCAGCAGAGCUGCUGGCUGAGAAAGCCCAGAUUGCAGAAGAAGAGGCCAAGCUGCUGGCCCAGAAUGCUGCAGAGGCCGAGCAGGAGCGCCAGAGGCUGGAGAUCACAGCUCUGAAAAGCAAGGAGGAAAAGCGGCUGAUGGAGCAGAAGAUGCGGGAGGCGGAGCUGAUCGCCGUGAAGCUGGUGAAGGAGUCUGACAGGAGAGCCAAGGAAGCAGAGCACCUGAAACAAGACCUGCACGAAGCGCGGGAGGCCGAACGCAAAGCGAAGCAGAAGCUCUUAGACAUAACCAGGCUUAAUUAUCCUCACAUGGCCAAGUACCCCCAGUACUCCCCAGGUGACAGCAGAGAUGCCAACUUUGACAAAGGAUCCAUCAAGCUGGAUUUGAAGGACAUCGACCUCAAGAGACUCUCCUUUGAGAUAGAGAGAGAGAGGCUGGACUACUUAGAAAACAGCAGGAAAUUUGAAGAUCGACUGAAAGAACUGAAGUCUGAAAUUCAUGCUCUGAAGCUGGAGGAAAAACAGGCUGGGCUUUACAGUCACUGGAAUGAAGUCCUGGGCUCCUUGGAUCGCUCCUUAGGAAGUGCCCCAUCAUGGAUGAAAACCUUCGAAACUGGAGAUGCAGUGGAUGUAAAUCUUCAAAGACCUUUCCCCGCUUACUUGUUAAACACUGCAAGCAGCUGGCCCUGCACCAACAAAAUUCAGCACAUGGUGCCAGUGGAAAAGUCAUCUUCCCAAGCCAAUUCCCUGGCUGCCAACAGUGUGGGCACAGGAACCAGAAAACAGAUUAUAAAGGUUCAGCAGCAUGACUCGGAUGUGAUCUACAUUUGAAGCCCCUCAUUUCCUUGCCAGCCUGGUGGGACUGGUGGCCUCUUUGCCUCUGUGGGGACACUUGGGCAGCUCUGGCUGCUGCCAGGUGUGAGAGACAAGGCACUGGGGAUCCAGAGCUGCCAUCCAGCUCCCAGGCAGGUGCCAUCAGCUGGGAGUGCCACAAGUGCCCCCAGUUUGGCUGGGAGCAGGGCAAAGCCAGAGGAAAUGUUGUUUACUGCCUGUGCACUUUGGAAAGAACACUUCACACUUUGCAAAACCCUUCCUCCCCCAGGUGUUUCACACACUUGGAGCUCUGCUGCUGGAGGAAGGAUGUGAGGCAGCAAGUGCCCAGGAGGUGUUUGGGAUGAGAAAACAGAACACAAGCUUGGGGUUUAUCUCCACAACAGACUAAUUAUGUUUUUGGUCCAGUCCCUGGGACAUGACUCCCACAGAGCUGCUUGACGUUUUAGUAUUUGCCUGCCAAGUAUUUUCCUUCUCCUCCCCAAACAUUUCUUGGUUCACUUAAUUGAUUUGCAUUUCUCUGUGAGAAAUCUCAGCUUUUAAUUCCAGAUGCAGAAGUGGACAUCUUCAAGUACCUCCCAUUCCUGGGGGGAUCCUUUGUUUGGAAUGCAAAGCUUCUGUUCUUCCAGUCCCUGACCAGAUCAAGCAUUUUCUGCUCGAGCAAACUUUGCAUACAUUAACUGCCUACCCACGUCUGUGCAGCACAGCUCCCAAAUUAGACAAAGACAAAAGAUGCUGUUGGUGUCUGCUAAAGUGGGACUUGUUUCUGGUGGAGAGGUGCAUGCAGCAAAGUGCCUGCCUCAUUAGUAAAACCCACUCGCAUUUUCUGGUUUUGUGUGUGUUCAAGUGUCUGCUUCUCCGUAAAUCUUCACUCUGAGGACUUCUGGGGAAGCAGACAACAUCCAGCUGCAGCUAAAGCAGGAGCCCAGCUGAACUUGUGACAUGUGGUGUAAAAAUGAAUGGUAAUGUUGUUAAAUGUCUUGUUCUAAAAGCUAAGAUUAAAGAAAAAAAAAACAGGUUCAACAAAAA